CUACAAUAUAAUCGGUGCCACAGUAGUGAGUCCCCUCCGCCGAGCAGGAACCACACGGCGCGGAGCACCUACGAGGAAGCUCCACCAGGUUCCCGUGGACUCUCUACGACUGUCAAAAGUUACACUCGCCGGUGACGAGUCUCGCGCAGCUCUCCAAUCACUUGUGUCAAACAUUUGGAACUUGAUAUUUGUCGUCGGUAAACUCCUGGCACCGCUUCGCCCUGCUGCGACAGAACACUCUCUCGUUACUCUCGACGUUACGGAGUCUCCCGAGGAAGGUUUAUAUCGGUGCUUCGUAGAAUGCCUGUGACGCGUCCGCCGGCACAUAACGAACUCGCAAGAAGACGUGCUACCAAGGUGAUAUUAUUGUAAUACGGUGUACAUAUCCUGGCGUCGCGACGACCGUCUCAUCACUGUGUGAUUAAAGAAUCCCAGCCGGCUUAAUUGAAGCUACGUUCAUUCAACUGUUUCGAUACACGCGUCCAGUUCUGAUACAACGUCAUCCACGCAACAUCCGUCUAAUGUUUACUGUGUAACCUGGUCUAUUUAUUAAAUAUAUAUAUAUACACACACGUGUAUAUAUUUAUCUCCGUCCAGACGUCCGUCCGCUCGUCGUCCAAUUUUACUUUGAAAGCAACGGACCGACAGGAUCUGCCAAAAAUUCAAAGGACGCUCCUGCGGCUCAUUCCUCAAGGCUCACUUCCAUUGCUCCAUUGUUGUUCUUACCGGUGAUACAGUGUGUAUACAUAAUACUGUGUUUAUUAAUCGUACUACCUUUGAAAGAGCUACUUUUUCAAUCUCAACCAAAGGACGUCGACCGCUCCGUUCAACUCAGCGCAUCUCACCCUGGAAAUCUUGGAUUAAAGUGUUUCUAUAUUGUAUUGUCAAAGUGUGCAGUGUGACUACCGUCUGUUAACGCGAAAUUGCGAAAUUGCGAAAUUUUAUAUUUAUCAAUCAAAUUUACCGCGUCGGCUUAUUGUUUUGUUCACGACGCGCCGUGCUCAGAAGUUCACGAUACGUCGACAUACUACGUCCGCAUGUAAGACGUGCCCGCAAGUAUAAUCCAGAUGAAGAGAGUGUCAAAGUCAAAAUAGUGCGUAAAGGAAGGAAGGAAGGAAGAAGGAGGAGUGGAGCCAAGAGGAAAUAAGAGGAAACAGCCUAGGAGAGCAGCCGAAAGGAUAAUAAGGAGAAAAAUCAAAAUUUGAUAAAACGACGCAAAGUGUCAAGGAAAAUCGUCGGUGGGAUUAUUAAAGUCAUCCUUUGACAAGUCCUCCGUCGCAGCUGACCUUAUGGCUAGUAUGCAGCCGCGUAACAUUACUCUUAGGAGGUAACGUCAUCCGGAUCAGGCAUAACCUCCGACCUGAGAUAGCCGAGACACGAGAGUUCAGCAGGCGUUUUGAAAAACGCCCCCCUUCCUACUCUCGUUUGCCAAUAUUCAGCUGGCAACAACUGUCGCGACAUGUGGACUGCCAUGCUCGUCUUUUCCGUGGCCGUCGUGCUCUCGCCAUCGCGCGAGGUCGACGCCUCGGGUGUCUUCGAACUGAGGUUAAAGUCCUUCGUGAACGAGUACGGGAAGGACAGCCUGGGCAAAUGCUGCUCGGGCACCACCUCCAGGACGGGCGACUGUUCCGGCGCUUGUAAAACGCGCUUUCGGGUGUGCCUGAAGCAGUACCAGGUGAAGAUCGACACGACGUCGCCCUGCACCUACGGGGACGUCCUGACGCCCGUGCUGGGCGAGAACGUCGUCAAUUUCAGCCCCGGCGCGGCUCUGCCGAGCUUCACCAAUCCCAUCAGGUUCCCCUUUGACUUCACCUGGCCGGGCACCUUCUCCCUCAUAGUGGAAGCUUACCACGAGGCCGACAACACGACGCAGCACUCGCCCGAGAAUAUCCUGAUCGCCAGGUUGACCACGCAAAAAUGGCUGGACGUAGGGCCCACCUGGAUGGAGGACGAGCAUCGCAGCGACCACUCCAGCAUGUCCUACGAGUAUCGAGUCACCUGUGUCGCCCAUUACUACGGCAAGGGAUGCGAAAAUCUUUGUCGUCCCAGGGACGACAGUUUUGGGCAUUACAGCUGCAGCCAAAGCGGCGAGAAGGUCUGCCUGUCGGGCUGGAAGGGGGACUACUGCGCCACUCCUCGCUGCCUGCCCGGAUGUGACGAUCAGCACGGACACUGCACCAGGCCCAACGAGUGUGUUUGCCAGUACGGCUGGAAGGGACCAUUUUGCGACCAGUGCGUAAGGUAUCCGGGCUGUCUCCACGGUAGCUGCCAAAAGCCCUGGGAGUGCCUGUGCGACGAGGGCUGGGGCGGUCUAUUCUGCAACCAGGACCUGAACUACUGCACGAAUCACAAGCCCUGCCUAAAUGGCGGCACCUGCUUCAACACCGGGCAGGGCUCCUACACCUGCUCCUGCGCCCCGGGCUUCACCGGUACCGACUGCGAGACGCCGCUCGUCGACUGUCACUCCAGGCCAUGUCUCAACGGCGGCUCCUGUUCGAUGGAAACGAACACGAGCAUCUCCACGAGCUCCUCCUCCACGACCUCGACCAGCGGCUCCGGGUCGACCGAGCUCACGGUGCUACCCUCGUCGACCUACAGAUGCACGUGCCCACCCGGCUGGAGCGGCAGGCACUGCGAGUACAGCUCAAAAUCGUGCCGCGACUUACCCUGUCUUCAUGGGUCCACCUGCGAGGAGAAUCCCGUGAAGGGAUACACCUGUCACUGUACCCCAGGGUACUCGGGUCCCGACUGCGAGACCCAGGUCGACGAUUGCUCCCCGAAUCCUUGCGUCAACCGCGGAAGCUGCACGGACCGUCUCAACGGAUUUCAGUGCACUUGCCCAUUGGGCUUCAUCGGUUCACGGUGUGAGAUUAACGUUGACGACUGUCAGGGCGAUCCUUGCCUGAACGGCGCCACCUGCAUAGACCUGGUGAACAGAUUUAGGUGUCAGUGCGUGCCUGGAUACGUGGGACGAUUGUGCCAGGACAAGGUGGACUAUUGCUUAGCGAAACCCUGUGCCAACGGGGGCAAGUGCUCCUCAGGAACCAAUGACUACGAGUGCAUCUGCAAGCCAGGGUUCACCGGGAAGGACUGCAGCAUCGACGUCGACGAGUGCCGCAGCGGACCCUGCCGGAACGGCGGCACCUGCCGCAACAGGGUCAACGGGUUCCUCUGCGAGUGUCCCCACGGCUGGAAGGGCGAGACCUGCUCCUUGGAGCUGGGCGCGGUCGUCCCUCCGGUCUCGACGUCCCUUGGCUCCUCCUCGGUACCAGCGGUACCACCCUCCGGUGCGAGUUACUGGUCCGGCAACCUCUCCAGGCAGGUAGCGUCGGCCGAGGCCAGGGACGCCGGCCUCACGACGGAGCACGUCGUGGUGAUAGCCACCCUGUCGACGGCGGUGCCGGCGUUCGUCCUGGUCGCGGCGGUCGCCGUGAUGUGCAUGAAGCGUCGCCAGAAGCGGGAGCAGGCCAAGGCCGACGAAGAAGCCAGGUUGCAGAACGAGCGCAACGCUGUGCACAGUAGCAUGAGCAAGAGAGGCGUCGGGGGUCCCGGUGGCAUCGGCGGCGUCGGCAUCGGUGGGGUCAGUGCCGUCGGAGUAGGCGGCGUUGUCGUCGGCGGGGACGCCCACAUGAUCAAGAACACCUGGGCGAAUAAAAGUGUCAACAACGCAUCUAUGAGGGACGAUCUCGAUGGCAGCUUUCAAAACGACACCCUGGACACCUCGUGCUCCGGCUACAAACCCGAACCCGUCCUCCAGGAACGGUCCAGGACGACGAAGCAGCUGAACACCGAGGCGGCGGCGCAUCGCGCGUCGCAUCUCUUCCAAAAAGAGAAGGAGUGCUCGAUAGGGAGCGUCGGUCUUGGAGUCGGCGUCCUCGACGUCAAGAGGACGUCCGCCGGCCUGUUCUGCCCUAUCGGCACGACGAACGCGAUCACGACGACGACGACGUCGUCGACGAUCACCACGACGGAGUCCAGCUGUUGCGCGGAGGCGUUACUCAAGAGGCCAGACCCGCCACCCAAUUCGCAAUCUAAUAACAUCACUGACUCUGGGUGCGGUGUUUACGUGAUAGACGAUCAUUACAGGCACGACGCGGCGUUGGCUGCCACCCUGGCCACGGAAGUUUAGUUAUUUAUAUAUUUUUAUUAUUAUAUUA